AAACCCAAUCUGGCGUAUCUGAGAACAUGCCUCCAACUAAAUUCUACAUAAUUCAGUCUGCCCCAGGCAACUAGAGUGAAAAGUGGAAAGUGAAAAGUACUGCGUUUGUUAGUUGCAAGUGUGCUGCUGAUUAAAAACGCUCAUAAUUCAUCCUUAUGUCAGCAAGUAGAACUUGAAUAAAAUUGCGAAUGCAUCCUAUAACAUUAUCUACCCUCGUGGGAUUAAUAGUAGUGUUAAGUGAAAUUUCAGCUCAGUUUAAUCCUAAUCAAUGGGUUAAUCGGAAUACCAUUGUUCAUUUGUUUGAAUGGAAGUGGAACGACGUAGCUGAUGAAUGCGAACGUUUUCUGGCUCCAAAAGGAUAUGCCGGAGUUCAGAUUUCACCCCCAAAUGAAAAUAUUAUAGUCCCUGGACGACCUUGGUACGAACGCUACCAACCUAUAUCUUACAAACUUGUAACUCGUUCUGGCAAUGAGCAAGACUUCAUCAAUAUGGUUCGCCGCUGCAACAAAGUAGGAGUUCGAAUCUAUGUAGAUGUGGUGUUUAAUCAUAUGUCUGCAGACUCUGCGAAUCCCAUUGGUACUGGAGGAACACGGGCCAACCCUGCCGCGAAGGAUUUUCCUGGAGUGCCAUAUAAUGUCACGGAUUUUCACCCCACCUGCGCCAUUAAUAAUUAUAGUGAUCCCUUUAAUGUCCGUAAUUGUGAACUGGAAGGGCUGAAGGACUUGAACCAAACCGUACCGUGGGUACGAGAUCGAAUUGUGGAAUACUUGAAUCGAUUAGUUGAUAUGGGGGUGGCUGGAUUUCGCGUUGAUGCUGCGAAACAUAUGUGGCCGAAUGAUCUGAAGAUAAUCUACAACAGAUUGAAGGAUCUCAACCCUGAUCAUGGGUUCAAACCAAAUACUAGGCCGUUCAUUACCCAAGAAGUUAUUGACCAUGGAGGUGAAGCCAUAUCCAAAUAUGAGUACAGCGGCAUGGGUACCGUGACAGAAUUCAAAUUCCAGGACGAAAUAGGCAAAGCAUUUCGAGGAGAAAAUAAACUAAAAUGGCUCAUUAGUUGGGGUCCAAGUUGGGGUUUCCUACCCUCUGAUGAAGCUUUAGUAUUUGUGACCAAUCACGAUAGUCAACGCGACGGCUCCACAUUAACAUACAAGAAUGCCAAACCCUAUCGAAUGGCCAUUGCAUUUCAGCUGGCACAUCCUUACGGAGUGAGUCGCAUCAUGAGUUCAUACUAUUUUGACAAUCGAGAGCAACCACCCCCAACUGCUGAUGGGCAAACGAUUCUAUCUCCAAUCAUUUUCGCUAAUGGCUCUUGUGGUAAUGGAUGGGUUUGUGAGCAUCGUUGGAGGCAAAUUUACAACAUGAUUGGGUUCAAAAAUGCAGUGCGUGGUAUGGGCCUAAAUGACUGGUGGGAUAAUGGAAAUAAUCAGAUUGCGUUCUGCCGGGGUACAAAGGGAUUCGUUGCAUUCAAUUUGGAAAAAAGUGACUUGAACGAGGGUUUACAAACUUGCAUGCAACCUGGUAAAUAUUGUGAUGUUAUUUCAGGAUCGAAAGUUAAUGGAAAGUGUACCGGGAAAACUGUUAAUGUGAGAUCAGAUGGAAGAGCGAAAAUUUAUAUAGGAAUGAAUGAGGAUGAUGGGGUCUUAGCUAUUCAUAGUGGUAUGAAGUUAUAUGUACAGGAAUCUCAUGAAUAAA